AUGUCAAGCACUCGGUCCUCCCGUGACGCCACGUCACGGCGGGAAAGCCCUGCGGAGACGAUCUAUGAUGCGUGUCGUCGCGGUAAUGCCGAGCGCUUUAUGACGUACGUGCAGAAGGGUGGAUGCCUCAGUGAGUGUGAUGAUCAGAAGCUCACUCUGCUUCACCACGCCGCCUUUUCGGGCAACAACGCCUUUGUCAAAGCGAUUCUCGACCGCAGCGACACGCAGCAGGUCAACAUCGACGCUGCUGACUGUGAAGGGUGGACGCCGCUGCACUAUGCCGCAGAUCGUGGCCAUGCACACGUCGUGGAAGCGCUGCUCGACGAGGGCGCCAACGUGAACGCACGUGAUACCGCAAAGCGGACGCCCAUGCACCUCGCCGCUCUCUCCGGCAGACCAGAUGUGGUGGCGGUGCUGCUUCGCCAUGGUGCCUCAAAGACGACAAAAAAUGUCGCUGGCAUGACUCCGAUGGAUUGCGCCAAGCAGACGGACCAAGCAGCCGUCAUUGCUCAGCUCGAGUAA